AUGGGAUUAGAAAACAACAAGAUAGUGAAAAGAUUCCUUAAUGUCGGUGAGAAAAAGGGAGGUUCUUCCACCAUGGGGAUAUUCGUUGGUGCAUUCGCUGCCUUUGGUGGUGUUCUUUACGGAUAUGACACCGGUACUAUUUCAGGUAUUCUUGCUAUGAAGUACGUUGUCAAGGAAUUCGCUGCCAAUCACACCGAAUUCACUUCCAGCGAGAAAUCUUUGAUCGUUUCCAUUUUGUCUGCUGGUACCUUUUUCGGUGCUGUUCUAGCACCGUUGUUAUCUGAUACUCUUGGUCGUCGUUUUACUAUUAUCUUUGCCUCUUUAGUUGUCUUCAACAUCGGUAUUAUUUUACAAGCCGCCGCAACUGGCAUUCCAUUAUUAUGUGCUGGUAGGGCCAUCGCAGGUCUCGGAGUUGGCUUGAUUUCUUCCUGUAUCCCAUUAUAUCAAUCUGAAGCUACUCCUAAAUGGAUCAGAGGUGCUGUUGUGUCCUGUUAUCAAUGGGCUAUUACUUUAGGAUUAUUGUUGGCUUCUUUAGUCAAUCAAGGGAGCCACGCUAGGAACGAUUCCGGCUCAUAUAGGAUUCCAAUUUGUGUUCAAUUCUUGUGGUCUUUGAUCUUGGGUGUUGGUAUGAUCUUCUUACCUGAAACUCCUAGAUUCUUUGUUUCAAAAGGAGACAAUGAUAAGGCAAAGCAAUCAUUAUCAAGGUUAAUGAAGUUACCUAUUGACCAUCCAGACUUAGUUGAAGAACACGCUGAUAUUAAGGCUGCGUAUGAUUUCGAAUCUCAUUUCGGACAAUCUUCUUGGAAACAAGUUUUCUCCAUGGAUCACCGUCAAUUCAAACGAUUAAUGACUAGUGUCUGGCUUCAAGCAUUCCAGCAAUUGACUGGUGUUAAUUUCAUUUUCUACUUUGGUACCACUUUUUUUGAGAGUGUCGGCCUUAACGGAUUUGUUUCUAAUUUGGCAACCAACAUUGUUAAUUUUGGUUCGACUAUCCCAGGUAUUCUUCUAACAGAUGUUAUAGGUAGAAGGAAACUAUUGAUAGGUGGCGCUAUUGGUAUGUGUGUUUCCCAGUAUAUUGUUGCGAUUGUUGGCAUUGCCACACCUACAGACUCUAAAGCUGCUGGUAAUGUUUUAAUCGCAUUUUCGUGUAUUUUUAUUGCAUUCUUUGCUGCAACUUGGGGUCCAGCUGCUUGGGUUGUCACUGGCGAAAUAUUCCCAUUAAGAACCAGAGCUAAGUCUGUUGCUCUUUCAGCUGCUUCCAAUUGGAUAUGGAAUUGGGCUCUAGCCUAUGCCACUCCUUACAUGGUUGAUUCAGGUCCAGGUAAUGGUAAUUUAGGUGUUAAGGUAUUUUUCGUUUGGGGAAGUUUCAACUUUUUAUGUAUCAUAUUUUCAUGGGCACUAAUUUACGAAACUAAAGGUUUAACUUUAGAACAAGUAGAUGAAUUAUAUGAACUUGUUCCUCAUGCUUGGAGAUCUCCUGGAUUCGUCCCAUCUACACAUGCUUUCAGAGAUGAUGCUAGAUCUAUUGGUUCUGAUAAGGCUAACGUUGUUGCUGAGGUUGAAGAAGUAGAAGAAUCUAAAGAAGCUUCCCCCUAA